AUGGAGUCAUCACCAGAACUAUCCGCUAUUUUUGAAUCGUCUACAACGGAACUGGUGCAACGUUUGAUCGAUUCUGGAACCACCGAAUCUCCCGUUAACAUUCUCGACCUAGACGAGGUCGUUCACAAUUACCGACGAUGGAAGGACGGCUAUCCGUAUGCGAUGCCCUUCUUCUUACCCAGUGUUAACAAUCAUCCCAAGGUGCUGACACUGCUUAGUAAACUAGGGCUUGGAUUCAGUUGCGCUUCCAUUGUGGAAAUGCGCGCCGCUUUAAAGAAUGGUGUCCCUUCCGACCGUAUAAUUCUAGCCCACCCUGCGAAAACCCCGGAAACGAUACUGUAUGCAAAACAGAAAGCUAUUCGACGCAUUGUUUGUGAUAGUGUGCAGGAGAUAGGCAAAGUACAUCGGCUCUAUCCCACGGCCCAGAUUAUUCUCAGAGUUAGAGUGUUUCCUGAGCAAAAGUUUGGUUGCUGUCCGACGGAGGGCGUUCGUGAAAUAUUCAACUACGCGAAGUUCACCGAAACAGUCAGUAUUGUGGGUGUACAAGUAGCUGUACCACAGAAAAGUGUGCUUGAUAAAUUGGAAUCGCUGCACCAAGCUCUCCGGAUUACCAAAGUCGUAUUGGAUCAAGCUAGCUUAGCUGGUUUAAGUGACAUACGACUGUUAAUGCUUUCCGGUACAGAAACCGUACCGGCGGAUCGGUUGCAACAGACAUUGACCGAGUUUAAAUUUGAUCCCGCAUUGCUCAUCAUUAUCGAAACUGAACGGCAGCUGGUACAGUCCGCCGUCACGCUUGUCACUUCCGUCCAGUCCAAACGGGUAAUCCGUCAAGCCGGAACAGUGGGACCUGUACAGGAGAUAAUGUAUUUCAUUAAUGACGGCCGAUAUGGGUCGUUCGAGUGGUGGAAUGAAAUUGAUAAGCAUCCCGUCGUGUUCCGCACCAACGAAACCGUGUCAACUGCUUCAACACACCCUUCAUCACUGUGGGGACCGUCCUGUGACUCAGCUGACAUUGUCUGCAAACGGCUCGAACUACCGGAGCUAGAGAUAGGGGAUUUCUUGGUUUUCCCUGGAAUGGGAGCUUAUGGCGUAACGCUAGCCUCGUGCUUCAAUGGAUUUCCCAUACCAAAAACUAUAGUUUGCGCAAGUUCAGAAACAACAAGGGCACUUGUUGAGGACUAA